AUGAAUCAUGAAAUUGCUGAAAUCACUGAAACAAUUGCAAAAAUAAUGGCAGAAAGAGAUCAUCUAGCUUCUGUGUUGUACAAGUUAAACUAUCCACAAAAGGAUCGGAGAAACCGCGUCGCGAGUAAAGAGAAGAUAGUAAGGGAUUUACAUAUGAUUCUUGAUGAAUUGAAUUUGUUGAAUAAAAAAUCAGCUAAGGGAAGAUGGUUCAAUGAAGAGCUUGAUAAAGAUUCUUUGAAUUCUUUGGUGCUACAACUACAUGGGAGCAAAAGCUUGGUUGAGGAGAAAAAAAUUCUGAGGAAUAUAAACAUUCAACAGAAAGAUGAUGAUUCAUUCAAAUCACUAGAAGUGCUUAAGAAAAAGAUUAGAUGGAGUUAUUACUUGAAAAAUUGGCAGAAGCUCUUAAGAGAAAUUGAACAAUUUCAAAUCCAAUGUUUGGAAAGAGUUUCUGAUAAUAAUUUUGAGAAGAGAAAUAUUUCCAACUAUGAAUCCUUGAAGAAAAUUAUAGAAGUUGAAAUUAAGGUUCUAUGCGAUGACUCUUUGGAAAACAGAAAUGAAGGGUUGAAAUGUGGGAUCAGAAUUAGACAUGCUGCGAAAGAAUUAGAAGCUAAAAACCAAGAAUUACAUUCCUUAAAAGAAAUAUUGUCGGAGAAAAAUAAGAAAAAGGUCGAAGCAUAUCAAAGGAUUUUGGAAUUGAAGAAAUUGUAUAAUGAGGAGAUUCUCCACUAUUAUCAAUAUUGUUCACUUAUUAACAAAGUCCAACAGCUGGUUGAAGGAAAAGAUGUAGCAACCCUUGAUGAAAUGUCAAGUUCAGAGGUUGGGAAGUUUAUGUUAGAAUGGAAAAAUAAUAAGGCUUUUCGAGAAGAUUAUGAGACGAAGGUUCUGCGAUCAUUAGAGAGACGACAACUAAGUAGAGAUGGACGAAGAAGACCCGAUAAAUCAUGUACUAUUAUAAAAUGAUUGUUUAGUGUCAUUUUAAUAAAAAAACAUUUAUUUU